UGACAAAAGAAGUGGUAUUUAAUUUGUGAUUUUUGUUGUUUUGGUUUGUUUGAAUGGGUUGGAUCCUAGAACGAAUCCAGUAAUUAAAAUUGCAUUAUUUUAUUUAAAGUAUUUUGACCUUCUAGUACACAUUAUUGUGCAAAUGAUUAAGUUAGAAUCCCGCUGGAGUAAACGGGGAAUCAAAAAGUGUCCCAAAUGUGGCACUUCCAAUGGAAACCGAACGCUAUGUUGUAAAAAUAAAAGCUGUCGACAUAGUUUUGCCACUCGUCCGUCCUCAACUAAGGACGAAUACUUUAGUGCAGUUCAAAUCAAGCAUUCGUUGGAACAAUCGGUAAAACUGUACAGCGUCCGUAAGAUAAAUAGUACAAAAAUGAUGCGAGGGUUUGUUGAAAUUCGAGACUGCUCGGAUAGAGUUGAAGAUCAGCUGCUGCAGCAUAAAACUGCUAUUUGCUAUGUGGAUUGUCAACCGCAUCCUGAUGGAACCUGUCAGCAUGUACGAGUAGCGUCUGAAACGAAAGAACUGGCAGAAGAGUUGGAUUUUGACCACGAACAGCUAUCGAAGCUUAACAUUACAACUGGGAUACGCAAUGCUAUUUUGGAGCAACACUUGAAAUGUAGAGCUAAUGGGAUUCCGCUGGUGCAAAAGGUAUCUGCAGAUACCUUUGUGGUCAGGUGUGACGAUGAAUACCACCAAUAUGUGCCCUUUUGUCAUGUCCAGCUAAAAUAUCCAGAGCGCAUAACCUACGAUUGUACGGCAUUUGAUAGCGGUGAAGGAUCCUCCUACUGUCACCAUGCCUUUAUUGCGGCCGCGGCCAUACUUAGUACUCCGAAAUACUAUCCACUUUUCAGAAAACUCAUCGAUCGUGUUUUGGGUUCUACUGUUCCAGUUCUGGACAGUGCCGUUCUUCUCACCAGCACCGAUAGUAAUUUUUUAGACACACAAAGCGGUGACCAUCUUCUGCUCACUACAAUCGGACAGUCGGAUGAUCAGAUGAUCGACUGUAAAAUGGAUUUUGAAACGGAGUUGGCCACUAUCUGUUUAACUAGUCCCGAUGACGAGAACACUGCCUGCCCAUCUCCUAUUAUUGAACUAGUUAAUAGUAACGAGAACAGUACUUGUGGAACAGAAACGUUUGCUACAGCUUAUGCUGAUAAUUUACAAUUAAUGGAUUGCCAAAUAGAAUUGAUGGACCAGUUUAGCCUCACAGAUUGCAUCGAUUUUUGUCCUUCGGAUAUCGAACUUAGUGAUGAUAAUUUUACCGUUGAUCGAGGUUUGGAUUCAGCAGUGAUAACCAUUGAACAGCCAGCAGAAGCAACCGUUAGUUCACCAAAACAGCCCAAGCCAAAGCUGUUAGAAAUAACGACAAAAAAAGUUGCUUUGCGCCAUUCGGCGAAAGUUGCUAAAGAGAAACUGAAAAAAGGAAGCUAUAAUGUGAGGAGAUUAAUGAGGAUUCUCGAGUCGAACGGCGUUGUGUUUAACCGUCUGAAACGGAGCAAAGCAAUUGAGUUGGCAGCUGCUGGGGAAACACCGUUAACAACUGAUUCCUUACCGCCGUAUGAAGCGAUUGCAUGUAAUUUAUCAUUUACAUGUUGGCUGGAGUCUGUGAUAGAGCAAGUAAACUCUGUGAUUGAAUAUGGGGGUGAUGGAAAACCGUCACCACAGGUAUUUAGCAUUCAUGAGGACUUUUUCAGUUGCCUUCGCGCACGUUUCUCGGUUGGGCAUACUCGCCGGAUGCCAGAUCAUGAAGUGAUUAUAAGCCAUGGGCCAAGAAAGGGUCUCACCAGUCAGGUUUAUAAAUUUUCCUGCUACAAAAGCUUGCGAAACGUAUUGAAAACGGAUAAGAUAGCGCUUAAAUUCGAAAAGUCUUUUUGUCGAAACGCUGAUGGCUCUUUCGAAGAAAUCGACCUGUGUGCACUAUCCAGAAGUCAAACGCACACAACCAGAGGACCCCUGAUCAAGCCCCUUCAAUAUAAGACGUACAUCAAAAUGGGCACUUACCGGAGCGACCCCAGCGGUAAGGUUUAUCAUUUUGUUAUCGAAUGGAUCGCUGGAACGCUGCCCCGCACUCGAUUUGGAGAGCUACGAUUCACGUUUGAGUACGGACACAAAGAGAACCACGCGAUUGUAGAUCCGCCGGAUGUUCGAAAUAGAAUUUCGGCACAGGAUGAGACACACAGUUGAUGGGUUUAAAGAUUUGCGAUAUAUUAGAUACCGUUGUUGGAAUGUGUACACUAUAUACAUUUCAGGAUAAAAUAGCACCUGUGACAUGCCAAGAAGGGUAAUAAAUAUCUCCGGUAUACAAAUAAACAAAGUUGACUAACAA